AUGGUUCAAGAUAAGAAGGUUCCGCUAAGACCUAAUGAAAUAUUUACAUUCAUUCCUAAUCUUAUAGGUUAUGGACGUGUUGCGACACUUGUACUUUCGUGGCUAACUAUGGAGAAUUAUCCUUUGGUCACUAUGCUUAUAUUGUACUCAACGUCGUGUCUUUUGGACGCUUUCGAUGGUGCAGCCGCCAGAAAGUAUGGUCAGUCAACUAAGUUUGGUGCAGUCUUAGAUAUGGUUACUGAUAGAUCGUCAACUUGUUCGUUGAUCGUCUUUCUUGCCAUUAUCUAUCCAAAGUGGUGUAUCUUUUGGCAGUUUUUGAUCUCAUUGGAUCUCUCUUCUCAUUACAUGCACAUGUAUGCCAUGAUUAGCAGUGGUUCCAGUAGUCAUAAGAGCGUGUCCAAAGAUACAAAUUUCUUUUUGAGGCUAUACUACUCCAACCGUGUAGUCCUCUUCAUGGUGUGUGCCCUCAACGAGAUCUUCUAUAUGGCUCUCUAUUUUGCUCAUUUUGAAUUAGGCUUGUUCCCUUUUACCCAGAUACCAUUGGGCGUUGCUCUUGUUUACAUCUCUGCUCCUGUUUGGUUAUUUAAGCAAGUUAUGAACGUUGUCCAGAUGAUCAAUGCUGCUGAGAUCAUGGCUGGUAUGGACUCAAAGAAUUAUAACGAACGUAACAAGCUUAAUUGA